CCGGAAUAUUACUACAACAGUAGGCCUAAAUCUGUAUCCUCUCUUCAAAGACUUGAUCAAUCUGUUUACUAUAGGAAACAAGUGGCAAUGUCAACGGCCCAAGUUUUAUUUCAACGAUUUUGGUUUGUGAGCUCGAUGGAAAAGUAUGGCAUUGCUGAGAUUGGAAUGGGAGCAUUAUACCUUGCUUCUAAAUUAGAAGAGUGCCCUCUACGAAUGCGAGAUGUUAUCAACGUCUACGACGUCCUCAUACAACAUGCACGUCACCAAUCCACUUCUCCAGAAGAGCCAUUCCAUUAUGAAGCCAUGUCCUAUUUUUCACAAACCUAUUACGAUAUGAAGGAUAUGCUGAUUGUGGCGGAGAUGCAGACGCCCGUUUAUGCCAUCUUCCCCGUACCUCCUAUAGUCUGUGCUGCCAUAUUCUUGACGAUCCGACACCUGCAAUUACCGCUCCCAUCAGAACCAACAAGCCCGAUUCGUUGGUGGGAGCUCUUUGACGCUUCUUUUGAUGACAUGUGGGUCAUCUCUGGUAUCAUCAUGAGAUUAUACCGAAAACGACCGCAAGUAGAUCAACAGAGGGUUGUCAACAUGCUGAGAAAGGAAGACGUCCGGAAAUGGCUCGAACACCACAAACAAUAA